CAUGCAUGCCAUGUCCAAGAAAACUAGCUUCAUCAGCAUUUAGCUUUGUCCUUCUAGGUAAUACGUAUUUGAAGCCAUGUAAUGUUUAACAGAGGAAAACAGCAGUAUAAGCAGCAAGGAACAGCACAACCCAUACAAGAGCAAGAACCUUCUGAAUGUAAUCAGCUGCAAAGGAUGAUGAGGGCCACCCUCCCGCUGUGCUUGCUGGUGGUCACGCUUCACCUCACUGUCCACAGCCUGACCCAGACUGACCACGACAAUGAAAAGCCCAGCGCAACUGAACCCCAGGAGCCACAUCUCCAUGAGGGAGAUCCUCUUGAGUCCUGCAGACAGAUAGUCCCCAGCAACACAGACUUUGCCUUCCGGUUUUACAGGCAAGCAGCUACCCAAGAACCUGGCAAGAACAUUUUCUUUUCCCCGGUCAGUAUCUCUGCUGCCUUUGCCCUGCUGGCCCUGGGCUCCAGAGCCAUCAGCCAGACUCAGGUGUUGGAAGGGCUAGCCUUUAACCUCACUGACACCCAGGAGGAGGAGAUACACAAUGGCUUUCGUCAUCUCCUCCUCUUGCUUAACCGCCCUGGCAGCCAGGUGCAACUCAGUAUGGGAAACACUCUGUUCAUGGACAAACACCUGAAGCCACAGAAAACAUUUCUGAAGGACAUCAAAAAACUGUACAAUGCAAAAGUUGUUUCUAGUAACUUCCAGAAUUCCACCGAAGCUAAGAAAGAGGUCAAUGAACAUAUAAAGAAUGAAACUCAUGGGAAUAUAAACCAAAUACUUGAAGACCUUGAUCCAAACACUCUAAUGGUAAUCAUUAACUACAUUUAUUUCAAAGCCUACUGGGUAAAUCCUUUCAAUAUUAAGGGGACUCGCAAGGAUUAUUUCCAUGUGAAUAGGAAGACCUCAGUUGAAGUGAAGAUGAUGACUCGAGAUGGAUUUUAUAAAGCAUACUCUGACAGGAAGCUGUCUUGCAAAGUGGUGCAGAUUCCUUACAAGGGAGAUGUUGCAGCAUUAUUUAUCCUGCCCAAUGAAGGAAAAAUGAAACAGUUGGAAGCUGCCCUGACAAAAGACACCGUGGCUAAAUGGGAAAAAUCUCUUCAAAGACAGAGGAUAGAAGUGUAUAUUCCAAAAUUAUCGAUUUCAGGCAACUAUGACUUAAAGAAGAUAUUCAUGAAUCUAGGUGUAACUGAUGUGUUUUCUGACUGGGCUGAUCUGUCUGGAAUCACAGGAAAGCCUGAUGUGAAGGUUUCAAAAGCUGCUCACAAGGCCCUGUUGAAGAUUCAUGAGAAUGGCACAGAAGCUGCAGCAGUCACUAGCUUAGAUUUUCUUCCUCAUUCUGUUCCCCCUGUCGUUAAAUUCAACCGUCCGUUUUUGUUGUUGAUUGUUGAUCAAUAUACUCAAAGCAUUCUCUUCAUAGGAAAAAUUGUAAACCCAACUGAAAAAUGACGGGUCAGUGGCUGAUUUUAUUGAUUUGAAUUACAUUCUUCACGCAAUUUUAGUUCAAUGUGAUUAAAAUUAUAUCAAAACA